GUGGACUUGAACAGAGUUACUGAUGUUGUUUUCUCUGCCUCCUCUUGAAAGAACCAACGAGAGGAGCAACCCUCGAGGAGAUGCACCUGCAGACUCUCUGAGGGGAAACACAGCUCAGUUCAUUACCCUGGAGUGAUGGAUAAAGGUUAAUGGGUCAGCACUAACAUAUUCUUUUAAUGGAGAGAAACACCCAAAGCAGCUUCACCCUGGAUUCCAAUAGGCGAAUAGCAUGGCAAGAGGACUGUUAUGUCGAUCUUCAGUCUGAUGCCUGCAGCCUAAAAACAAAGAUGAAAACAGAAGGUGUUUGGAUACAAAAGUACCGCAAGCAGCUAGUGCAAUCCAUCUCUGGCCCCUUCCUGGAGAGUAUUGUGGCCCACAUGCGGAACCAAAACCUGCUGAGCCUGGAUGAGACUUUGGCUAUGCAGGCCAUGGUGCAUCUACCGGAGAAGGUGCUCGCUGUCAUUGACACCCUGGCCAACAAGGGCCCACAGGCCUCUGAGUCACUCCAGACCUUCAUUGAGAAAACCAAUAACAAGCUGUACCAACUCAUCACUCUUGAGGACCUGAUUGUGCAGAAGCACACAGAGGCCUUGCAGACACGCUACGGAGGCCUGGUGCCCAAGAGAACAUCCCUGGACAGCUUUGCUACCCUGCUGCUGGUGGAGGGACUCUCGGAUUUGCAGCAGAAGGAGCACGAUGCCUUGCAAAUUGAGGCUACAAAAGGCAUGGGGAGGCACCAUGCCAGACAGCUGGCACUGGACAAACUACUGCAGCCUCUUACCCGUGUGAGCAUCCCCCCACGCAUCCUGCUCACAGUUGGAGUUGCCGGCAUUGGCAAGAGUACCUUGGUACGACACUUUGUCCAGCUCUGGUCCAAAGGGGACAUCUGUCAGGAUGUCAGCUUCAUCUUCCCUUUUACCUUCUGGGAGCUCAACGGGUUUGAGAAGCUGUCUGCUGAGCGACUAGUGAAGCAGGUCUAUCCCCACGUGACUAAUUUCAGCCAUGUCUUCAAUGGGUCCUCUCGAGUCCUACUGAUCUUUGAUGGGCUGGACGAGUUCAAAUGCCCUCUGGAUUUCUCAGAUGCUAUGACUUGCACGGACCCCAAAAAGGAGGUUCCAGUGGACAACCUGAUUACUAACAUUGUGCGAGGGAACCUACUACCUGAUGCAUCCGUCUGGAUAACUUCUAGACCCACUGUAGCUGCCCAGAUACCUGGAGGUCUGGUAGACAGGAUGACUGAGAUACCAGGAUUUGGAUACAAAGAAAUAGAGGCUUUUUUGUCAAGCAUGUUUCAGGAUGAAGAUCUUGUGAGCCAAAUAUGGUCCCAUUUAAAAUCCAACAAGAUUUUCCUUGUGAUGUCUUAUGUGCCUUGUAUUUGCUCAAUUGUGGCUUCCACUAUUGGGUUCCUCAUAAAGAAUGGCUCACAAGACUUACCCAGAACUUGGACAGAGCUCUACUCUUACUUUUUUAAAAUGAUAGUGGAGGGAGAUUCCAAGGAACCCCUGAAGAUAGAGCAGGCCUAUGGAAGCAGCCGGAAGAUAAUAGGGAGCCUAGGACGGCUGGCAUUCUAUGGGCUUAUCAAACGGAAGUAUACCUUCCAUGAGCAGGACAUGAAAGCUAAUGGCAUUGACAUGCCCUCCCUUCAGAGCAGCCUCAGCAGCUAUAUCCUUCUCAAGGAGGAGUCUGCAGCAAGCACAGUCUAUUGCUUCAUCCACCUUAGCAUCCAGGAGUUCCUAGCUGCCACUUACUACUACACAGCUUCCAAGCGGGCCAUCUUUGACCUCUUCACAGAGAGUGGCAUGUCUUGGCCUAAAAUUGGAUUCCAGAACCACUUCAAGAAUGCUCUGCAGAGAUCACAGCAAUCAGAAGAUGGUCAGCUGGACAUGUUUAUGCGCUUUCUGUCUGGUAUGCUCUCACCGCUGGUGGUCAAGCCUCUUUCUGGGCUAUUGCCAUUGGCUCGAGAUGAACACAGUGGUUUCAGGGUCCCUGCUGCAUCCUUCAUGCAAAGUGUCUUAAACUCAGGGUGCACAGUCUCCUUGCGGGCUGUCAACAUAGUGCACUGUCUGCAGGAGCUGCAGCACACGGAGCUAACACGGACUCUGGAGGAGGGCCUGCGUAACAACAACUUGGCUGGCAAGCUGACACCAAUCAACUGUUCAGUACUGGCUUACCUGUUACAGGUGUCUGAGGAGUGCACCGAGGAGACCAACCUCUCCAACUGCCUCAACUAUGGCAUUGUCAAGAGUCUUUUGCCACAGCUACUCUAUUGCACCAACAUCAGACUGGAAAAUAAUCAUUUCAAAGAUGAUGUCAUGGAGUUAUUGGGCAGCUUACUGAGUGCCAAGGAUUGUCACCUACAGAAAAUAAGCUUGGCAGAGAAUGCUAUCAGCAACAAAGGAGCCAAAGCCAUCAGCAGGUCUUUGAUGGUCAACAGGAGCCUAAUCUCUCUCGAUUUUCGCAGCAACAACAUUGGCCCCAAAGGAGCAAAAGCUCUAGCAGAUGCCCUCAAGAGAAACCAAGUUCUUGUGUCGCUCAGCCUCCAGAAUAACUUCAUUGAGGAGGAGGGAGCCAAAUCCAUUGCGGAAGUACUGGUGACGAAUCGCAAGCUAGUCACCUUGAAUUUACAGAAGAACUCCAUCAGCACCGAGGGAGCCCAGAGAAUCGCUGAGGCACUGAAGAAGAACCAGACUCUGAGGGAACUGAUUUUGUCCAGUAACCAGCUGGGGGACAAGGGUGUGGCAGCACUGGCCCAGGCGCUGACAGUCAAUCACAGCCUCAUCGCCCUUCACCUCCAAAGUAACUCCAUCAGCAACAAGGGGGUGAGUGUGCUGACCAAGGCCCUGCGGCACAACCGGGGACUCAGGCAUCUGAAUCUGCGUGAGAACUCCAUUGGCGUGGAAGGAGCUAAGGACAUGGCCAAAGCCCUGCAGGAGAACAACACCCUAACACAUCUGGAUCUCACAGCAAAUUUGUUGCAUGAUGAAGGGGCAAAGGCCAUAGCUGGUGCAGUGAAGAUCAACCAAGCUCUCAUAUCCCUGCACCUCCAGUGGAAUUUCAUCAAGUCCAAAGCUGCCAAGGCCCUGGCUCAUGCCUUGCUGUCUAACACCACCCUGCAGCAACUGGAUCUCCAGGAAAAUGCCAUUGGGGAUGAGGGGAUGAUCGCUCUAGCAGAAGCCCUGAGGAGAAACACAGCUCUGAAGACAUUAUUCCUGCAGGGUGUCUCUGUAGGCCAUACUGGUGCCAUUGCACUGGCCGAAGCUCUCAUGUUCAACAAAACCCUGCACACCCUUGAUCUGCGUGGGAAUUCAAUUGGAAUGGAAGGAGCAAAAGCCAUGUCGAAUGCACUGAAGAAAAACAGAAGUCUGCAAGUUUUAAAUUUGCAGGAGAAUUCUUUAGGAAUGGAUGGAGCCAUCUUUAUUGCCACUGCCCUGACUGGAAACCACAAUCUCACUUACAUCAACCUCCAAGGGAACCGCAUUGGAGAAUCGGGUGCAAAGGUCAUCUCUGAUGCCAUCAAAACAAAUUCUCCGAACUGCGUGGUGAAGAUCUGAGCAAGCACAAGACUGUUCAUGGUUAUCACUGUUGGUGAUCUGAGCUUACCCCUGCUCCUCUGGGAGGAGCUGCUGGGUUGGCUGAUUUGAGGACACACCUAAUGGGAAACUUGAAUAAACAUACAAACAGAAGUCAAUAAAUUCUCAGGGAUUAUUCUGCAACAUCAGCAGAUCAUGUUCAUCCUCCCACUGCAGCUCUCUGAGCUCUCUUCUCCAUGGACACAUCUACAUUGCUGAGCAUACGGAUUCAUUCCAACUUGGUAGAGGGACGAACAUCAGCUGUAGAAACUCAAACCCAAGGGAAGUGCUCGGUUUAAUUUGUAUCAUUACUUUUACUUAUUUAUGAGUAAGCCUAAUGAAGGCAAUCCAUUUUCUAACUCCAGCCAAACACUGUCCUUGUAUUUCCUUUUCUUGUGUUUGCUAAAAUUCUUCAAGGGAACUUUUACAUUUAAUCUGUGGCCUAAAGAUAAGGUGAUACAUCUAUGUAACAAUAACUGAUGCUAUUAUUUGACAGAUACUGUUACAUUUGAUCAUGUACACAUAUGUAACAAACUGAUACUUGAAUGCAAAACUCACUCUUUUGUAAGCCCAUUUAAUAUCAGCACUUAAUAUGCUGUAGGACUGUGUGAACUGUUUUCAUUGCUCAUGCAAAGGCAAAAAUGGAGCUUAUGAAAGUAUUGCAUAGAUAUUAAAAGUCUGUUGCAUAAAGAAACUAGAGAAAGGAGUUAGGAAGAAUCUUAUUAUAAACUAAAUUUGUGUGCAGGAUAAAUAUCUUUUACAUUAUACCUUUUCUGCUUAUUAUUUAUAUUUAAGAAUCAAGCCAGUGGUUCAAGAUGAGAAACUUUUAAUAAAAAAUGUUCUGCAUCACUUUUAUAUAUACUGCCAAAAAUGGGAUUAUUUUUUUAUUUGAAUGUGUUCAAUAUAAUAAACAAUAUUUUAGUUA